GGGCGGGCUGUGUGGGGCGGGAGUACCAGAAAGGGUCGGCGUGUGUCCCCGGGAUGCUCGCAGCUUCCCUCUGCCCAGACUGGGGUGGCUUUCGGCGCAAUCUGUCAAGCUGUUGGACCUGCCGUCCCCACUCUGACCAUUAGCUGGGAAAAGUGGAUCUGGCUGAUGCUCCCAGAGCCCAGGAGCCAGGGCGGAGCGGGGCGGCGGCUGCUCCCACGAUCCCAAGGCCGCGCACCUGCCUCCUCCCCCUCCGCCGCCGCCACCUGAGGGAUCGGGAACAAAGGUGCUUUGUACAGGCCGCAACCACCUCAUUACUUCGUCUUACGGACUGGGGCCGCGUGGGCCCCCAGCCCGGAACGAAGGUGUGGAGCGGCAAGGAACAGACGCCAAUCCUAAAGUGAGCAUCUAGCGCGCCACCUAAGGCUCUUUAGGGAAGGUGGUCCCAGAGCUGUGUUGUCCCUUCCGCUUGCACUGUCCCUAGAUGUGCAAAGAAAACGGGGCAGUGCAUGAAGGUGGUUGGACAGGCUUCAUGGAUCCUCGCCCGCGCCUCACUUUCCCCUAUCUGGGCAAAGGUUAUGUACCCUUAUUUAAAAUCUUCCAAACUUCUAAUAAGGCAGUCUACCCUGCACUAAAGCAGACACGAAAGGGAUGACCUCCCUAAAAAUACUGCUGUUGUAAUACGUCCUUCCUUCCCGCCUCCUCGCAGUGUGGUGCAGCCUCAGUGGAAGCUUUGGCGAACCUGGCGCGCGCCGCGGUGCACAGAGGGUUAACUGGAGUUGGCGCUGGGUGGAGAGGAGGAGACGCGCUCCCAUUGGCGGAAAGUUAUCCAGGGGCGGGGUCAGUGAAUCUCCGUACCCCACUCCCCUUUCCGCAACUUCCCUCUUCACUUUGUACUUUUCUCGCCUCGACUGUGAAGCGGGCCGGGACCUGCCAGGCCAGACCAAACCGGACCUCGGGGGCGAUGCGGCUGCUGCCCCUGCUGCGGACUGUCCUCUGGGCCGCGUUCCUCGGCUCCCCUCUGCGUGGGGGCUCCAGCCUCCGCCACGUAGUCUACUGGAACUCCAGUAACCCCAGGUUGCUUCGAGGAGACGCCGUGGUGGAGCUGGGCCUCAACGAUUACCUAGACAUUGUCUGCCCCCACUACGAAGGCCCAGGGCCACCUGAGGGCCCCGAGACGUUUGCUUUGUACAUGGUGGACUGGCCAGGCUAUGAGUCCUGCCAGGCAGAGGGCCCCCGGGCCUACAAGCGCUGGGUGUGCUCCCUGCCCUUUGGCCAUGUUCAAUUCUCAGAGAAGAUUCAGCGCUUCACACCCUUCUCCCUCGGCUUUGAGUUCUUACCUGGAGAGACUUACUACUACAUCUCGAUGCCCACUCCAGAGAGUUCUGGCCAGUGCUUGAGGCUCCAGGUGUCUGUCUGCUGCAAGGAGAGGAACGGAGUCUCGCUGUGUUGCCCAGGCUGGAGUGCAGUGGCGCGAUCUCAGCUCACUGCAAGCUCCACCUCUCCGGUUCACGCCAUUCUCCUGCCUCAGCCUCCGGAGUAGCUGGGACUACAGGCAUCCGCCACCACACCCGGCUAAUUUUUCGUAUUUUUAGUAGAGUUGGGGUUUCACCGUGUUAGCCAGGAUGGUCUCGAUCUCCUGACCUUGUGAUCUGCCCACCUCAGCCUCCCAAAGUGCUGAGAUUACAGGCAUGAGCCACCACCCCCGGCUCCCCCACUUCUUUUUUAAGAGACAGGGUCUUGCUGUGUUGCCCAGGCUGGAAUGCAGUGGCACGAUCAUACCUCACUGCAGCCUCAAACUCCUGGGUUCAAGCGAUUCUCCUGCCUUAGCUUCCCGAGUAGCUGGGAUUACAGGCAUGUGCCACCACAACUCACAACUGGCUAAAUUACUUUUUAUUUUUUGUAGAGAUGGGAUCUCAGGCUGGCCUUGAACUCCUGGCCUGUGUUGCCCAGGCUGGUCUUGAACUCCUGACCUCAAGAGAUCCUCCUGCCUCCCAAAGCACUGGAAUUACAGGCGUGAGCCACCAUGUCUUGUGUGGCCUCACUGCACACUUUGUUUUUUUUUUGAGACAGAGUCUCGCUCUCGCUCUGUCGCCCAGGGCUGGAGUACAGUGGUGCGAUCUCAGCUUACUUCAACCUCACCCACCUGGGUGCAAGCAAUUUUCCUGCCUCAGUAUUCCGAGUAGCUAGGACUACAGGUGUGUGCCACCCAGCUGAUUUUUUUUUUUUUUUUUUUUUAGUAGAGACAGGGUUUCACCGUGUUGGCCAGGCUGGUCUCAAACUCCUGGCCUCAAGUGAUCCACUCGCCUCAGCCUUCCAAAGUGCUAGGAUUACAGGCGUGAGCCAUCACACCCGACAUACUGUACACUUUUUAAAGCUGGGCCAAGAGAACGGGGUGUCCAGGGGCAAGGCCCUUCAAGGUCUUAGCUGAGUUGGUUGUCUCUAUUGGCAAUUUUGGGGAGGCUUGGAAGUUGGGGCUUAGAAAGGAUGAGGUCAUAGAUCAUGGGAAGGGAGUGGCUGGUUUGGGAGACCCUGGAAGAUGGGAAAGGAGGGAACUGCUAAUGGGAAGGGGAGGAAGGAGGCUGGUAAAGUGGGAGGACUGAUCAUUGCUACCCCCUCCCCCUCACAGAGUCUGAGUCAGCCCAUCCUGUUGGGAGCCCUGGAGAGAGUGGCACAUCAGGGUGGCGAGGGGGGGACACUCCCAGCCCCCUCUGUCUCUUGAUAUUACUGCUGCUCCUGAUUCUUCGUCUUCUGCGAAUUCUGUGAGCCAAGCAGACCUUCCCUCUCAUCCCAAGGAGCCAGAGUCCUCCCAAGAUCCCCUGGAGGAGGAGGGAUCCCUGCUGCCUGCACUGGGGGUACCAAUUCAGACCGACAAGAUGGAGCAUUGAUGGGGGAGAUCAGAGGGUCUGAGGUGACUCUUGCAGGAGCCUGUCCCCUCAUCACAGGCUAAAGAAGAGCAGUAGACAGCCCUGGACACUCUGAAGCAGAGGCAAGACAAACACAGGCGCUUUGCAGGCUGCUUUGAGGGUCUCAGCCUAUCCCCCAGGAGGACUGGGAUUUGGUAUGAUCAAAUCCUCAAGCCAGCUGGGGGCCCAGGCUGAAGACCUGGGGACAGGUCGAUUGCUGGACCAGGGCAAAGAAGAAGCCCUGCCAUCUGUGCCCUGUGGGCCUUUUCCCUGGGGCAGCACCUUGCCCUCCCCAGGGGAUCACUCACUUGUCUUCUAUGAAGACGGACUCUUCAUGAGGUUGAAUUUCAUGCCAGUUUGUAUUUUUAUAAGUAUCUAGACCAAACCUUCAAUAAACCACUCAUCUUUUUGUUGCCCUCCCCAA